AUGCCCGACUCCCACAUCCCCAAGGCCGCGCUCUACUACUACCACGGAUCCGUCUGGGCCUCCGUUCCGCUCCUCGCGCUAGAAGAGAAGGGCUACGGCAGCGAUGAGGUCGACUUGAAGGAAGUCGACAUCUCCAAGGGGGAGAACUUCAAGCCUUCUUACCUGCGUCUGAACCCGGAAGGUACCGUGCCUACCCUCGUGGUCCCGCUCCAGAAGACUCUGGCUCCGGAAAUCGAGAGCCGCUACAAGGCCAUCCAGGACACCAAGGCGAUCGUCGAGUUCCUCGACAAGUCCCGGUCCACGCAGUCCCGGACUCAUACCACUUCCUCCGCGCCUUCUCCGGCCCUUGCGCCGGCGACCAUUGCGUUCAGCACCCUCGCGAAUCAAAUCAUCGAGCUCAUUCACAGCACCGCCGCCGACCCGAACGCGCUCUUCUACACGAACGCGCGGUCGGAGGGUGAGCUGAAGGCGCUCGCCAAGGGCCUUCUUCCGUUCCUCCAGGGUCGUCGCGAGACGCUCGUGAAGCUCCUCGCGGACAGCGACAACGGCACACUGAAUGUAUCCGACAAGACCAAGGCGUUCUGGGAGGUCAAGCGCAUUGCUGCGGACAGCUUCAUUGGCGUAUUCGAGGAAGCAGAGAAGGGCGCUGCGGAGUUGUCCGAGGAGAGCCGGCGGAAGCGCGAGGCGUAUUUCCAGUCCGCCACAGCGGGUUGGAAUGGCCUGAAGGACGUGCUCAACACACUCCAUCAGGAACUUAUCGGCCCCUACGCGCUCGGCGACCAGCUGUCUAUUGCGGACCUGCAUAUCGCGGCCUGGCUUGCCCGUAUCGCCUUCCUCGCUGGGGCCAACGCAUCCGACGACGGCAACACGGCAGUGGGCAAGAUUGAGCUCCAUGCCGGUGGUGGGUUCAGCCUGCCCAAGGACUUCUCGGUUGCGGAGGCACGCAGACGAGCAGGGCUCGCGGCGACGAACCUGGACUCGACCGAGCGGCAGAACAAGCUUGCUGCAUUCUGGGAUGUCAUGAAGGAGCGCCCGAGCUGGAAGAAGGUGUACGCGAACGGGCUGCACUGA